CGAGCAAAAGCGGACAUAAAGCGCCGCUGAAUAAACUUCAGCAGGAGAAGUUCAUCACAACUCAACUGUGUCUGUACAAAUAGUGCGAAAAUAGUGAAGACUCUUUAUAUAGAAGUGUAAUGAGAUUUAAAGGAAGGUCUGGGCAGCUCAGAUUAUGGGGCUGGUUCCUGCUCUGGUCCAGCUGCGUGCUGCCUGUAAGGUCCCAUGGAGGACAGCAUGGAGAACCAGCUGGUUCAGAUCAAGUACAUCCACCAAUCAUCCGGUUAGACAGGAACAUGGUUCAGGAUAAAGACCACAUCAUGGAGCACUUAGAAGGGGUGAUUGAAAAGCCAGAGUCAGACAUGACACCUCAAGAGCUGCAGCUGCACUACUUCAAGAUGCACGACUAUGAUGGCAACAAUCUGCUGGAUGGACUUGAGCUUGCCACUGCCAUUACUCAUGUGCACAGGGAGGAAGGGGGAGAUAGUAGCCAGCCAAUGAAGGAAGAGGAUCUCAUCAACCUCAUUGAUGACGUCCUCCGAGAUGACGACAAAAACAACGAUGGCUACAUUGACUAUGCAGAGUUCGCAAGGUCUCUGGAGUAAAAGAACACAAGGACAGCCACUGCCUUACAGUGAAUGUAGAUACCUCUGAUGUACAAAUACACUUCACAUGUGUAUGCAGUUUGAUAAUCACAGUGUAUUCAUACCCCAGUAAAAAGUGAAAUUAUAUUAAAGGCUGAGGGUCAUGUAGAGACAUGAUGUUUUUAUUUAUUAUUUUUGCCAUCAAUGUUGCACUCACAUCUGUGCAUCUCUUGUAAGAUUGUACCCUUAAUGCAAAAACUGACAACAAUCAUACAUUGUUUUUGAAUACUUGCUAAAUGAAGCUACAAAGAGAGACUUAAUUGCUGCUCUUCUGAUGAAGGCAUCAGUACACAUGCGCUUUCUGCCUUAAAUGAAAAUCUGUUUUACUUCUAUUAGAAAAUUCUAUUCAAAAUGAUCUGAUGGUUUUUGCUUGGGAGAAUGCACUUUCACAUGUGUUCACAGCAUCUACCUAACUGAUUUUACCAAUCACUGUGCAAUGGACAUGUAAGGAUUGAUUGAAUCCUUUGGUAGCUCUGAUCUUUUGUUGCUGAUGUUCCGUUGGUUGACUUUAUAACAGAUACCAAAGUACAGCAUUGUGCACAAUUGAAAUAUACUUAAUCUGGUGUUCUGAUAUUCUAACACAAGGAAAAGAUCAGGUUGAUAAACAGGAGUUAACAAAAGUGUAAACAAAGUAUCAUAUCUGUUCAAAAACUGCUCAUAAAAAGGCAAAAAUGACAGUUUUUGGUGUUCAAUAUGGUUAAUUUAUUUCUACCAAAGUUGGAAAUGAACACUGAUGGCUUUGAAAAGAAAUGUAAUUAAAAUUGUAGAUAUGCUCCAUUGUACAUUUAAUUUGAAAUGAGAUGUGUUAUGAGAACAUUUGUUUUCACAUGUUUAUACCGGUCCUUAAAGCCCUUAUUUAAACACAUCUACAGCAUGUUCAGGACUGAAUCUAGUGUAUUUCAUAAUAAAAUGUCACUGAUAAAUGCUUGGAUAUGGAAAAUAAAUCUAUAUAAAUGUCAUAAUUGUUUCUAGGUAGAUAUAGCAAUAAUUGAGAAAACAUGUUCUGUGGAAGCAGCUAUAUAAUAAAGACAGAAAAUAUCAAUCUUGCUUUGGCAGUCGUUGAAAAACCUUUUCAUCUUCAUUGUGUAGCUUCUUGUACAUAAAAUUGUUAUGGCUUACUGUACAGUGGGGUCCAAAAGUUGUUUUGUUUUUUAACUUAAAGGUGCACUCAGUAACUUUUGUCUUUGUGUAAUCUUG